AACCGCUCUCACACACCCCCUCCUCCCUCCAUCGUCAACAGCCACCCAGUCUUAAACCCCCCCACUCCCCCAAGACUGAAUCGCAGCUUCCCGUCACAAGCACCGACAAUCACGACUCCUGCGCGCUAUCUCAACAACAACAACACCUUCAACAACAACAACCAACUUACCGCAAUGGAUAUUCUCGAGCUCAUCGACGACAAGGAUCAGACCAUCGCCGAGUGCAGCCAGCGACCCUUCCAGUGCCCUGAGCCCGACUGCAUAAAGAGUUUCAACCGCAAGUCCGAUCUGCAGCGCCACCACCGCAUCCACACAAACGAGAGGCCAUACACCUGCCAUUACCACGAUUGCGGCAAGUCCUUCAUCCAGAGGAGUGCCCUUACUGUGCACAUCCGGACACAUACUGGCGAGAAGCCCCACAAGUGUGAAUACCUUGGUUGCGGCAAAUGCUUCUCAGAUUCCUCGAGCUUGGCGCGUCACCGACGGAUUCACACUGGCAAGCGCCCAUACCGGUGCCCUAUCGAUGGAUGUGAGAAGAGCUUCUGCCGGAAAACAACAUUGACCAAGCACGCGAGGCGGCAACAUCAGCUUCUUGACAACGAGGGAGCUGACUCUGAGAUGGAGACCGAAGAGGACCUGGACAUGACUUCGACACCCAGAAAAUCACUGCCGGCGAGGAACCAACAAAAGAAGGCCGUCAGACGGCUACAGCAGCAACACCAGCGAAGACAGAGCGCGCUGCUGCCACAGGGAACCACCUUGUUCCGUCAAAACACCUAUGGCAUCCAUGAGCCUCUGAGCCCCCACAGCCCAAUGACCCUGCCGUCUUCCAACUCCUCGAGCCGCAAUGCCAGCUUCUCUUCCGGAUUCUACAACGACAACCAACACCAGAAUAUGAUGCCCCCAACACCACAGAGCCCGUACUUCGAAGACCACUCGCGAUCAAUCUCCCCGGCAACCGUCAUCCACACCCCAGUGAUCGGCCAUGCCGGACCCUUCCACAACGGACUUCGGCUCGUGUUGGACCCGCAGAGCCCCGAGCAGCUCCUGGUGACGGCCCAACAUCUUCAGAGCAGUCCCGGUAGCCUUUCGUCUUGCUCGUCCGUGUCAAGUCAGUCUUCGGUCGACUACUUUUGCCGGGCACCUCAGCCGUCGACGCCCUACCAGUCCCCGUAUGUCUCUUCCGGCAGUUACCCCAACCCCUCGAGCAUGCAGACGCAACAACAUGCCGCCCAGUUCCAUCCCAACAUGCAUUACCCGACAUCUUUCCAUGUGCCGCAGCUGCAGGCACCACAGGUGUGGUACGAAGUCAACACGCACCAGCACCACCUGAUCUCUACGCCAUCAAGGAUGGAUUUCGGAUACGACAUGCCGAUUAUCAAGCAAGAGGAUACCAGCAUGCUGCCGACACCCCGCAAUUCAUUCUGCUAAACACCCUUUCGCCACAUCAUCAACCGCGGCGACCUUGUACAAAGCCUUUUUUUAAGUCCAUUUUUUGCUUUUCCCUCGUCAUUCUUCGUCGAUGCAUAUAUAUACCUAUUCGGGCGGCUUUCGAGAAUCAAUGUUCUCAUUUGUUUUUUCGUUUAUUUCUUUUUCUGUUUUUGUUUUCGCACUAAAAGAGGGUUUUCAUUUGGGGUUGGGCUGCACAGUGCUUUUCGUUACUUUCCUUUCGG